GGAUGCACUUAUCUGAAGGAGGGUAUCACUGAGAAGCUGCACUUUUCAUCCUGACACCCCACAAGUAAUGAAUCUGUGAUAGGGCCAGCAGAGAAGCACACUUCAAAAUGGCAGACAAGGAUAGUGUUGAAAAAUACUUGGAAAAUAACCCUCAGUUCGCCAAAGAGUAUUUCGACAAGAAGGUCCGAUGCGAGGCCAUCACCGCAGCUUUCGCAGAGAAACUUGACAUCAAAGAUCCAGUCUCUUUCAAGGAUGUCAGCCAAAUCCAGGAGGCCAACAUCAUCUUUGACAUGAUCAAAGAAAUGCAUUCGCAGCCUAUUAUGGAAAAGGCUAUGCACAAGGUCCUGCAGAGGAUAUGUUUGCUGGUGAACGCUGACCGCUGCAGCUAUUUUAUUAACCGAGCUAGAAACGGCAUCCCUGAGCUUGCUACGUGUCUUUUUGAUGUCACCCCUACCUCAAAAUACGAGGCGAAUGUAGUCAACCCUCAAUCUGAAAUUGUGUUUCCUACUGACAUGGGCAUAGUUGGCCAAAUAAUGACCACCAAAAAACCAGCUAAUGUUCCGGAUGUCAAACAGAAUCCCAGAUUCAGUGAUUUUGUGGACAAACAGACAGGAUACACUACUAAAAACAUGCUGGCUGCCCCACUCAUGAACGGGAAAGACCCACUUGGUGUGGUCAUGGCAAUAAACAAAGUUGGAGGAAAUGAGUUCUCCAAAGCAGAUGAAGAUCUCUUCACCAAGUACAUCACUUUUGCCACAGUCAUUGCCCUACAGCAUUACACUUCAUACAUGUAUAACGUGGAAUCUAGAAGAAGCCAGGUUCUUCUAUGGUCGGCGAGCAAAGUGUUUGAAGAGUUGACGGACAUUGAGCGACAGUUCCACAAAGCUCUGUACACUGUCAGGACCUACCUCCAGUGUGAGAGGUACUCUGUUGGCCUUCUGGACAUGACCAAAGAAAAGGAGUUCUACGAUGAGUGGCCGAUUAAAUUGGGAGAUGUGGAGCCGUACAAAGGCCCAAAGACACCUGAUGGCAGGGAAAUCAACUUCUACAAGAUCAUUGAUUAUCUCUUAGAAAACAAAGAAGAGAUCAAAGUCAUACCGACCCCUCCUGUAGACCACUGGGCACUUGUUAGCGGCCUCCCUACCUAUGUGGCUGAAAAUGGUUUUAUUUGUAACAUGAUGAAUGUUGCUGCAGAUGAGUACUUUACAUUCCAGAAAGAAGCUGUGGACGAGUCUGGUUUCCUCAUCAAAAAUGUCCUCUCCCUUCCCAUUGUCAACAAGAAAGAAGAAAUUGUUGGUGUUGCCACUUUCUUCAACCGGAAAGAUGGCAAACCAUUCGAUGAGCAGGAUGAACAAAUUACUGAAGCCCUAACACAGUUCCUAGGAUGGUCUGUACUGAAUUGUGACACAUAUGACAAACUGAAUCGGACGGAAUGGAAAAGAGAGAUUGCAGCGGAAAUGGUCAUCUACCAGACCAAAGCCACCCCAGCUGAAGUCCAGCAGAUUCUGAACACGAAGGAGAAGUUUGACAUGAACCCUGAGGACUGUGAUCAGAAAGAAAUGUACAAACUCUUGAGAGCCAACAUUCCAGUAGCCAAAGAUGUCGAUCUGCUAGAAUUUAGUUUUAGCGACUUUCCUCUCUCUGAGGUUGACCUUAUCAAGUGUGGAAUUCGCUGUUUCUUUGAACUCGGAGUGGUUGAGAAGUUCAAAGUGCCAGCAGAGGUCCUGACAAGAUGGAUGUACACCGUACGAAAAGGUUACAGAGAUAUCACCUACCAUAACUGGAGGCACGGAUUUAACGUGGGCCAGACCAUGUUCUGUCUUCUGCAAACUGGAAAGCUGAGAAAAUACUACUCAGACCUAGAUGCCUUUGCGAUGGUAGCAGCUGCAUUCUGUCACGAUAUUGACCACAGGGGUACCAACAAUCUCUACCAGACAAAGAGCUCAUCACCACUGGCCAAGCUCCAUGGUUCCUCCAUAUUGGAAAGGCACCAUCUUGAUUACAGCAAGACACUGAUGGCAGAAGAGAAUGUUAACAUUUUCCAAAGUCUGCAGAAACGACAGUUUGAGACAGUCCAGCACUUGCAUGAUGUCUGCAUCAUUGCGACGGACCUUGCCUUAUAUUUCAAAAAAAGGACCAUGUUCCAGAAGAUUGUUGAUGCCACCGAACCAAUGACUGAUGAGAAGGAAGCGAUUGCCUAUGUGUCCAACAAUCCCAUUAGGAAGGAAAUCAUUAUGGCAAUGAUGAUGACUGGAUGUGACUUAUCUGCCAUUACAAAGCCAUGGGAGGUCCAGAGCAAAGUGGCUCUCAUGGUGGCAGCUGAAUUCUGGGAGCAGGGAGACCUAGAGAGAACUGUGCUAGACCAACAACCCAUUCCAAUGAUGGACAGGAACAAAUCAGAUGAACUUCCGAAGAUGCAGUGUGGUUUCAUUGACUUUGUGUGCUCAUUUGUGUACAAGGAAUUUUCAAGGUUCCACAAAGAGAUCACUCCCAUGUUUGAUGGCCUGAACAACAACAGGGUCCACUGGAAAGAACUGGCUGAUAUUUACCAAGCAAAAGUAGAUGCUUUGGAGAAUGAACGAAAGCGACUAGAAGAGGAACAGGCUAAAAAAGGUGGUGAGGAUGGAGAGGGAGGAAAGUCCAAAACCUGCACCAUAUUUUAAACAUCAUCUGACAAAAAUUCAGAGCCACAGAAAAGUCUGGGCCAGUAUGUAGAUGGUGGUGAAACGUGCUCCUAGGAUCACAACAUUUUCACCAUUUUUCUUUCUAAUUUCCUUGGAUAUACCUUCUCCAAGUGAACACGUAGGCAUUCACCAGAAAUGGAAGAACUGUACCAGUCUGAUGUUCUUUCUGAUGGGGUGCCAGCCUAGUGCACCAUAUAGACAAUUUCACGCUUGUACCUAAUCAGUCAUUUCACCUUGACUGUAUCUUUUAACAACUAACUACAGUGGAGGAAGUACUACAUAUGCAACUACUACAUUUGCCACACAGUGGUGGCCGAAACAUGACUCGGAGUAUGGCUUUUGAGUCCAUAACAGUUUAAGACUGUGGUAUAUCAUUUUAACAGCAAAAACAUUAAGAAUUAGAGCAAUACGCAUGAACAACUUUCUUACCAGUUGCUAAUUUCUCAAAAUAUCAAACUUUUCGAAGGAUUCCAGAAUCACGUGGUUUAGCUUCUCUGUAAACUGACCAUAAAAGCAUCAAAUUUGAUAAUUGUUCUUUGGAUGAAUUCACUAAAUCACACUGGUGAAGUGUGCAAUUCCUACACCAAAUGGGAAUUGCAAAAAAUCCUGACUGUUUUCAAAAAUGUUUCCUCAACACACCCCUCAUCUGUAAUUG